UGUUUGCGCCACCUUUGGGAAACGGAAAGACCAGACCCACGACACUUGCCAGCAGCCAGUUUGGAGGCUCUGCGUGGCUUGACAGACUGAUGGACAUGGAGGAAGAGGAAAAGGAGGAGGAAGCUGACAGAGGCCUAGCUUAGUGAGAUCCUGUCUGACUCAUGGAGUCGCUGAGGGAACAACUUGCGUCUUCGUUAUCCGCGCUCUUCUCUCGGUGAUCUCUCCCCAGCCCCUUCCCUUUUUAAUUAGACAUCAAAAUCAAAAGAAAAUAUGAAUAUUCAUAAAGAUGCUGAAUUAAUAUGCACAAUUAUGCAAAUCAGUGUGCAAUUAAGCCUUCUCUCUCCAGAGAAGCUUGACAGGAUUAAUGCAGAAGAAUGGGGGGGGGUUCCAAAAUUUCUGCUUCACUGAUUGUUAUUCUUUGCCUGCUUUAAAUACAAAUGUGUGUAUUUAAAGGUAGACACCAGAAUGUUUGUGUGGCUGUGUUUAUACCCAUGUUUGUGUUGUGCCUGUAACCUUGAACACAUGUAUUCCUUCUGCAAGGCAGUGUUCAACUGAUAUGGCUGUACAGGUCAAGUGGGGAUGAAAACCUAGGUUUUACAGACUUGUAUAAAUUGACGAUGAGCUCUCAAGAUGGUCUGUACUGUGCUCAGAACAAAAACUUGAAUAGCUGCCAGUCUCAGCAGUAGAGCAGCGCCCCCUGGGCUGUGUUUGCAGAGGUCUGUGAACCUGCAUCUCUUCCCCUGGUCCCCUUGCAUUGGUACUUUUUUUUUCUCCCCCCUGCCUCUAGACAAGCAUUUCCCUUGGUGUCCCAGGCUAGUAAAAUGUGACCAUAAUAUUAACAUUCUAGUUGUUUUUAGAGGUUUGGUUUUAAAUGUUUUCAAGAGUUAUAGAUAAUUUAGCUGAACAAAUUUCAUGAAAUGUAUUUAAAAUAAGAUUUAACUGCCUUAACAGUAUCAUUUAGUGACUAAAAGCCCAAACUGUACUCAGACAGGAUAAUGGAGCUUUUAUUGGGUACAACUUCACAUCCUCAUGUAUAGAUUAUCAGUUCAAAGUUCAUCCAUCUGGCAGAGUUGCGCUAGCUUGGUGCCUGCUGCUGGUCUCUGCUUCUCUGUGCCCCAUCGUUUCUCUUCCUGCCUUAUUGUUACUCUGUAUAUUUCAGCGGUGGACGAACACAACAGUUCAGGGUCCUGGGGCCCAACAGAACAGAACAGCCCCCCCUUCAACCAGGGACGGGGCUAUGCAGAGGUCUCCCACUACAGUGAACAUGAUGGGCUCCCCUCUUCCCCCUUCUUUGGCUCAGGGAUUGUUGGUAAAAAUGAGCGAAGCCCUUAUUCUUCCUUUGGUCCCCAGCCUGGGUUCUUCCCCAACGACAUGGCAUUGUCCAGUCCCAAUGCCCUCUCGCCCCCUGGCCUCAAGGUUGCAUCCCACUUCUACACAUGUCCCAGCAACCCAAGAAGGAGACUUCCAGAGUCCAGCAUUGACACUCAGCCAAAGAAGGUGCGCAAGGUUCCUCCUGGGCUGCCAUCCUCGGUCUACGUGUCCACCUCAGGCGAGGAAUAUGGACGUGACCCCUCUGGUUACCCGGGCUCGAAGCCUAGUUCUCUUUAUCCUGCCUCCAUUUACAUGCAAGAUGGCCUCCACAGUUCUUCAGAGCCUUGGGCUUCACCUGGAUCACUAGGUCAACCUGGGUACCCCUCUGUGGUGGGUAAUUCCCCUCACCUGGGACAGCCUGGGUCCUUUGCUGUCAUUAACCCCCAGGACAGGAUGAAGCAUCUGCCUUUGCCAGUGUCACCCCAAAAUUACCCCCUUCAUGGUAGUGAUGUGAACAGCAGCCUGUCGUCAGGGUACCAUUCCAGCUCAGCUGGUUACAGCGUGUCAAACCACACAAACCCUGUAAAUGGCACAGAUCCUCUCAUUGCAACCCGAGGCACUGCUGGAGGAAGCUCAGGAGAUGAGAUUGGAAAGGCUUUAGCUUCAAUCUAUCCCUCAGAUCCCAACAGCAGCAACUUUUCUUCCAACCCCACCACCCCUGUUGGUUCUCCUCAGAGCAUUGCAGCAGCUGCGUCUCAGUGGCCGCGUGUCUCCAGCCAGUCCACCCUUUCGCCAAACUACGAGGGUGGCCUUCAUGCACUGAACAAAAUGGAAGACCAUCUAGAGGAAGCUAUUUUGGUCCUGCGGAACCAUGCGGUGGGCUCAGGCACUGGGCCAGCGGAUGUGCAUGGUUUGAGUGGCAGCCUGUCGCAGACCUUCCCUGGUUCACGGCCUUCCAUGGUAGAGAAUCAGCAGGACAGCUCUGCAAGCCUUCCCCCUGGUGGUGCUCUCCUGCAUGGGCACCGUGCUGCUGUUCCAACUCAGCCAAACCCCCUCCCUGAGCUCAGCCACCAGCCGGAUGUCUUCACCAACACCCCUUGCUCCACCAACUCCUCAAACUGCUCUGACAUCAAGAGGGAGGACAAGGAUGAGGACGAGAACUCCUCCCUCGCUGACAAGUCUGAGGAUGACAGAAAAGAGUCCAAAGUGACUCGAACCCGAACCAGAGGAGAGCCAUUCCCCCUCCAGACCCUGUCAGGCCUCUCAGACCAGGGAGCAGAUCAAGAGGAGGACGAGGAGGAUGUUCCUCUGGAGAUGAAAGCGGAGCGGGAGAGAGAGCGGAGAAUGGCCAAUAAUGCCCGUGAGCGGCUGCGGGUGCGAGACAUCAACGAGGCCUUUAAGGAACUAGGCCGCAUGUGUCAGCUGCACCUGAGCAACGAGAAACCACAGACUAAACUGCUCAUCCUGCACCAGGCUGUUAACGUUAUUCUCAACCUGGAGCAGCAAGUGCGAGAGCGUAACUUGAACCCCAAGGCAGCAUGCCUGAAGCGGCGGGAGGAAGAGAAGGUGUCUGGGGUAGUUGGAGACCCUCAGAUGCCCCUGACGGGAGGCCACAACCCUGUCGGCCACAUGUAGCUCCCAGAUCCUGUGGAACUUCCUGGGCAUCUGAAAGACGUGGCCUUAUUUUUCUUCCAUCUUUCAGUGUGUCGUGUGUAUGUGCUCUCGUGCACAUGUGCAUGUACGUAUUUGUGUAGAUCCAAGCGUGUGUGGAAAUGCACGUUCACACAGCCAAAACUGACACAGGAAAUUGUCCGCGCUCCUGGCCGUGACAGAUAGCUCAAAUGUGAACUUUUUAAAAGUAUUUUUAAUGUGUAUGUCAAUGCAUACAUUUACUUCCAUAACAUUAUGGAACAAUGGUGUGGGUGUGUCUGAUACGAGACUGACCUGGGAAGGAAACCACAGGAACUUGUGCUCAGUGGUCUUCGUUUUUGUAUUUCAGAAAACUGCUCCUUUUAUGAAGCAGAAGCGUUGCUCAUGUAAGCCGGCGAGUGUUUACACAGCCGCAGUGUAACCAGUUCCCUCGAGAGUCAUUCCUCAUGUGCGCUCCGUCUCGCGUUCCCUGUGCAAGUGUGUCUGGCUGCAGUGCCGUCUGAGUGCGCUCCUGUGUUCGUACUCCUGCUCCUCGGGCACAAGGAUUUUGUCACUUGAGACUUGACAAAAGACUUGGAAUUUUCACAUGAUGAACUCUAGGAUUCUUGGUUUGUAGUGAUUAAUGAGACUGCAGCAGUAUUUGGUCCCCUCUGGUCUCCUGUCUCUGUCAAGGAUGCGGUGCUCAGUGAUUGGAAACGUUGGACACAAAGGGGGGUGGGGGGUGAUUGUAAAGCACAUGGAAGUGGAUGCCUGUGUGUUCAUACACCGGGUGUCAGCCAUGGCGAAAACGGCUGCAGUCUCUGUUCCUUCUGGGGCUGUUCCCAUAACCUCCCCUGCUUUAGCUUCUUGGCAGCUCAGUCUGUCUCUGAGUGGCUGGACUAGAGGCCUCAGGAUGCUGAACUGGGGUUAGUGGUGCUGAUGGUCCUCCCCUUUGCCCUUUUUUUUUUUUUCCUCCCCUGAUGGGUGUCACUGACAGGCAGUGUUGCUGUGGGAGCCACCAUCUCCAGCCCCCCCAAGGGCAGAGCUGCCUUGGUCUUGGAAAAAUGUUGUGCUAUCUUCAGGCAGGAACCCCACCCCGUUUUUGUCGUGCUGGGGUGUCAAGUAUGCACGAGAAAACAGGUCAGUCCAUACAUCAGGCAUCUGUUAAACACUUAAGGCGAGUUCAUAAAAUAAUGUGCAUUGGCAUAUGUGCUUAAAGUCCUUGGAGAAAAUGAACCACCGAAGGCCUUCAAACGGGACAGUCAGUUUUCCCCAAAGGCGAACCAUAUUCAGUUAAAAUAUUUCAGAGGAGUUGGGGUCAGUUAUCCUGCUCUCAAGGUGACUGAAAUGUUAAAUUUGCCUUGAGGGAAAUGAACAUAGAUUUUCCCAUUGCUUCCAUUUCCAUGGGAAUUAAUUUAGGGACUUUUAAUUGAACUUUUUCAGUGAGCUGACUAACUUCCUGUUAUGGGAGGGAAGGGUGUGUAACCUUUCUCUGCCCUCAACGUGUGUGUGAUGUAAGGUGGUGCAGAUGUCCUCCUUAUGUGGCUGUGUGUCGGGGUCUUGAAUGUCUAGUUCCAAUGGAGUGUGACGUGACUCUGCCCUGUGCAGUAGUGUUUUUCCAACGGCACAGUGCUGCCGUUGCUGCAGGGAUCUUCAGGCAGCUUCUCAGCAUGGGGGCGCUGGGCCCACUGCACUUGUAAGGUCAAACAUUCAUAUUAAAGUGGUAACAAGUGUUAAUCCAUACUGUGGCCUUCUUCAUUCUCAACAUUGGAUGUCAUGACUGGAGAAUAAUACUGCCUCAGUGCCUCAAUAUGUAUAUAUAAUAUAUAAACACAACACAAAUAUAUUUUUUCAGAUGAUCAUUUCAGUGCUUUAAAAGUCAUGUGCUUUUCCUGAUGUGUGGUACGCCCUAUGCAUCCUAUGGCUUCACUUUUGUUUGGAGGAGAGGACACAAUGAACUUUGUGGCUGUUGAUCAGGGAGAUGGACUUUUAUUGUGGUUUUUACAUGAUCAUUUCAGCCAUGUUUUAAAUCAUGGAACUUUGGUCAAGAAAUGAAUGAAUGAAUCCAUUUCUUCUGUUUGGGUUCAGUUCCUGCUCCAACAUGUUCAGCAGUUUCCCCUACGGGCCUCGCACUGUUUUGGGUGCUUCCCUCAAGUGUAGUGCCGUUUGCCUCGGUCCCCUCUAUGUCCCCCCCCCCCGAUGGAAAUGUGCAAAAUGACCUCAUCCAGCAGGGCAGCAUUCCUGGGCUGCUGCAAACAGUGAGGCACCGGGAUGGCAGGAGCACAACCCAUGAGCAGGACGGGCCAUGCUGUGCAUGUGUCAAAGAUUCCUGGACACACGAGAAGUUCAGGUCAGUGCGUGUCCAGUAAAGGAGUACAAAUGUGCCCCCUGUAUGAUUCAGGAGCAUUUAAUGGAAAGGUCUGCAGCGUGACUGAACAUGGACUAUAAGUAUGAAAUGCAGCUUUUAAACUUCUCUGGUGCUGUCUUAAUGACUUGUUAAAAUUCCUUUGUGGCUGUGCGCUCAGCAGCGAGCUGGUCAACCACCGAAUCGGUGCAGCUGUGGUGUGAGAUGAAUGUCCUGAUAUCUUUUCCUUUGUUUUGCUGUAAGUGAGGUGGGUUCAGUAACACACACCCCCCCCCCCCCCCCCCGUCAAGUCUGCCACAGAAGUUGGUGUCUUGAAAAUGGGAUGCAACCAUUUUCCAUUUGAGUGCCUAUGGCUCAUUCCUUUUAUACAUACAUAUAUAAAGUAGCCACCAAACCUGUCCUGUAUGUAACUAAUGUAGCAAUAAAUGUGCCAUUUUUAAAAACAAAUACCUUUUUCAAUGUGUCCUUGGAAACUUGUAUACUUAAAGAAACUGUAAUAAAGGGUUUAUUAUAACCUGCCCUUGUAUGUUCACUGGUGUAGUUCUAUCGCUAUUGCCUACUUCGCUUCAUAAGCUGCAUGCGGUGGGGUGAUGUCGACCAGUAAAAGCCACACAUGAAAUAUACUUUUGUAUUUUGGAGGAGCCCACCUCUGGCCAACAGCCAUUCAUGCUGGAACUUUAUAUACACACACCUUAGUCACAACACACCCUGGAAAAACAGAGGGACACAUGCUGGGGG